GUAUAGUUAAGGCAUUUCACUCGCAUGACAAGCUCCCUUUGGGUAUCUGAGAAAACAGCAGUGAAACAACGUCGACCACAAGAAGAUGGUGAACUGUUUCAGUUGAAUCGGAGAAGUGGAAGUAUAGCCGAGUGAGGCCCAGACCAGUCAGACGGCAUUGCAGCCAUGGUUUAUACUAUCUCACCGAGUAUCACUCGGGUGAAAACCGUAGCGCAAGGAAACGUUUCGCCGUUGUUGUCGUUUUCUAAACGACAGGAGAGACCAGACUACCUGCUGAGACAUGAGAGCAAAGCUGGAGAUCUUGGCCACGGUCCUGGGCUUCCUCAGCCUCUUUGGCACAAUAACCAUCACUGUGCUGCCCAUGUGGCGGGUCACAGCCUUCAUCGGCGCCAAGCUCAUUGUCAUGGAGACACUCUGGGAGGGGCUGUGGAUGAACUGCUACAGACAGGCCAACAUCAGGAUGCAGUGCAAGGUGUACGACUCCCUGCUGAUUCUGACGCCGGACCUGCAGGCAGGCCGGGGGCUCAUGUGUCUGUCCAUAGCACUGGCCUUUCUUGCCUUGCUCGUCACCGGGUGCGGGAUAAGGCGCACCAACUGUUGCCGUGACAGCGAGCGGGGUAAAAACAUCACCCUGCUCAUUGGGGGGUGUUUGUAUCUGCUCUGCUGUGUCACGACACUCAUCCCCGUCAGCUGGACGGGCCACGCCAUCAUCCGAGACUUCUACAAUCCCCAACUGCCGGAUUCUCAGAAACGGGAGUUAGGGGAAGCCCUCUACGUCGGCUGGGCCACCGCGGCCAUCCUGCUCAUCACCGCGGUCGUCCUUCUGUACUGCUUCGCUUCCCGGAGAUCAGAGGACGGACUGCCACACCGGGGGACAUACGCUAUGACAGAGCAGGACACGCUUAAAGGGGACGCUCAGGCAGUGGGAAGGCAACCAUCCAGCUUUUACAAACAGACUCGAUACCUGUAAAUGAGCUGCACAUGCAUUACGCCCUGCAUCAUUUGCAGAUCUUACCAUGUAUACAAGUACGUUAUUUGCUUGCGGUGAGUGAUUUUGCUGUGCAUACUCAUAAUGCCAUCUAUGCCGGGACAUGCUGAUGAGCCGCCGCUGGCUUUUAAGCACACGUUGCCCACUUACUACAUAUCUGCAUGGUUGCAUUUGUGCAACUAAACAGUUGAAUGAUCUUGCUGUGGUUAUUUUAUCCUAUUAUAUUGUCAAAGUUUGUUGAUAUAAUCUAGUUUCAUUUGUCCUUGCACUUUGUGACUUAGUGACCUCUCUUGUCCAUGUGGUCUACGUGAACGCAAGGCUGCUCUCAGUCGACUUAUCUGGUUAAAAAGCGGCAGGCGGUAUAAUUUGAAUCGCACGAGCCGCGGAGGUAAGGUUGAAGCUUGACGUUUCCGUGCACAGUGAUGAAGAACGGAAGCAGAAUGACAAAAUAAAAACACAAACGGGAUGAUAAAAGACGUAGAAUUAAGACACGCGACUCACCAUCGGUGUCAAGUACAAGAGCAACACCCGGUCCAUUAACAGUUUUGUUAUGUCUUAAUGAUGACGGCCUCUUUACUAAUGUCUCAUUUGAAUAAAC